AGAAAAUGUAUCAUCAUCCAAAGUGAUGUUCUCUGCAUUUUCCCACACACAGCAAGCUAUGCUUCCGCACUAUAACAUCGUCAUUAACAUGCUGACUCUAAACAACCUUAUAAGGGCUUGACAUCUGCUCCGACGUCUGAGGCGAACACAAAAACUGAGCAAGCUAUAAACGAGACAAAUAAUGCUCGAGACGAUACUAGUACUUCGAGUUUCCGUCAGGAUAUCUCAUAUACUAGUGCUACUAUGCCAAAACGUGAUCCGGAAAACACCUUGGCUGGUAAAGUCACUCAACAUGAGGAUCACGGCAGCAUGGCAGCGAACAGUGCUCUUUCUGCUGAGAUCCGUGGCCCGAUCCACGAUCGUGGAUCCGACAACUUGACUACCUAUUCACCUUUGGUCAAUGUUUCUGCUUCUUCUGCUUCAGGAACACAACCUGCGGUUGACUCAUCAACUUCAGUGCGUCCUUCUGCUAGGAUGAGCACCAAUAACACCAAUCCACUUGCUAACGCACCUGAUGCGAACCCAAAGAAUCCCGAGCCUUCGCCAUCGCCAAAAGGCAGUGGAGUCUCCGGCGCGCCUGGGCUGAAAUUAGUUGCAGUUAAUAAUAACGUUGCUUCAAAGUCAGCGAUGACGGUUAACACUCAGUUAGCCACUCCUACUUCGAGGACACCUCUAGCUAGUCCUACUGUUCAUACCAAAACCGGAGGAAGUCCGGCAUCUGACACAAGUAGUCGAGGAGCUGUGGGUAUCAGUACACAGGAAGAACGCUUAAGACAGGAAGAGCGGCUUAGACAAAAGGUCGCCGCCAUGGCCCGCAAAGAUGAUGCUAUGAACAAGAGCGGAGAUUCUGCAAAAGAACAUGGAUUUCAAAGACAUAGUGGAAACAAUAAUGGGACGGAUGAUAGUAGACGGAACCAAGUCACAAGCCCAAUUAAUUUGACGACAUUAAGGAAGACAUCUGACUCACAUGAUCAAUUGUCCCCAGGACCUAAGCGGAAAAAAUCUGGGAAUGAUUCAAAUGAAUUAAACAGUGGUUUGAGUCUUAGUGCUGUUCGCGGAGAAAGAUCUGCAGGUUCUGCAGAUUUUUCAUCCGGAGGUAAAGCACCUACUUUCAACAGCAGGGAAACAGUACCAGGAUCACAUGCGCUUAAAUCAGCAGGAGAUUCCAAAUUAUCAGGCAGAUAUGAUUUGGAAGUGGAUAGAGAUAGACCUAAUCAAUUGGACAAGGCACGAGAAAAUGAGAGGGCAUUUGAGUAUAAUAGGAACUUUGAUAGGACUUCGUAUCGCGCAUUAGAGCGAAAUGCAGAUCGGGAAAGAGACAGAGUGGUAGACAGGGUCUAUGACAGAGAUCGCGGAUAUGAAUAUGGAGCAGAUAGAGGGGGCUAUAGGGACAGUGAAAGAGGAUAUGACCGUGGAACUGAUCGUUAUGAACGAGGAAGUGAUCGAAAUUAUGAUCGCGGGAUAUAUAGAGCAAUCGAUAGAACAAGUGAUAGACUGACAGACAGGACAAACGACAGAGGAAAUGAUCGAGGAAGUGAUCGAGGAAGUGAUCGAGGAAAUGAUCGAACAAACGAUCGAACAAACGAUCGAGCAAAUGAUCGAGGAAAUGAUCGAGGAAAUGAUCGAGACAGCCAGUGGAGGACUGACCGACAGUCUGAUCGAAUGACUGACCGACGUGGUGAUCAAACGUUUGAUAAGAGCGCUACGAACAACAUAGACUGGAAGUCUAAUAAGAAUAACGAACGGUUGGCAGAAGCUGCACGGGAGAAGGCGUCAGAGGUGAUCUCUGAUAAUAACCGUGAUAGAUUACUUGAUCGUGAGCACAUGAGCGCUUCCUCCGUAGACAUUGAAGCCUCUCGUGUGGCUAGUAAGUCUGAUGCGGGCAUGAUCGCUAAAUCUAUCGCAUCUGAUGAUUCUCUUAUAAUAUUUUCAGCAGCCAAUCGUAUGCAAGCGAAGUUGGAUGGAGCACACGCGGAACCGCGGCAGCAGCAGCAUCCGCAACCAUCUUCGAUAGCCGCUGAAUCUGCGCUUGUGAAGGAUGAGGAGCCCAUUCUCUUCUCAUCAGCAAGCAGGCUACAGCAACAGCAACAGCAUCAACAACAACAACAACAACAGCAGCAACAACAACAACAGCAACAGCAACAGCAACAACAGCAACAUCAACAUCAACAACAGCAACAGCAACAGCAACAACAACAACAACAAGAACAAGAACAAGAACAACAACAGCAACAACAACAACAACAACAACAGCAACAGCAACAGCAACAGCAACAGCAACAGCAGCAAGAACAGCCACAGUACAAAAGUACAGGGAAUUUAGAGGAUAAGAAUGCAAUGGAUAAGCCUGUGCGGGACGACUCUCCAAUCCUCUUUUCAUCUGCAAGCAGACUGCAACACAAUAUCAGCUCGCCCAUCAUCUUCUCUGCAGCUAAUCGGGCUAAUAACCUCGGUUUAUCUACAUCUGGCGGAUAUAAUACGAGUAUAUCUGCUGCAGCAUUUCCUAGUUACUCGGCAACUGGGCGUGGAAUUGGAAACUAUGCCACCAAUGAACGGCCUAUAGCUGCGCCAGUCUUCAGCAGUAAUGGUCUAAACAUGAUUCCAACAACACAUGGGGAGGUCGGUAGGAGCGACAUGUCCCUGGCCUUUGAAGUUAUUGACCGCUGCACCGUUGAUCUUCAACAGCUGCAACAGCGAUACGCUUUGGUUUCGAACCAACUAGAGGCAAUUACUUCCAAGGUCUUGGACUCAGAUGCCCGAUUAAAUUACCUAGGAGCACAGAUUGAGCUAGAACUCAAGAUGAGUCGGAUGCAUCAUGAGAUGAAGCGAAGCUUAGAACAACAUCAAUUACCAGAGAUUCGAAGGAUGAUGCUUGCGACAGAGGAACUUAUUUCAAGACUUAGCACACUCUCAACUUCUGCUGCCGCAGGAUCAGCCACUGCAGUGGUUGUUCCACCAAAACUGCAGCCUAGAAAUAUUUCAAAGCAAGGGACAGAAUCUAGGGUAGUGGCAGGGGCAGAAUCUACGCCUACUGGUACCUCGGCUGCUGCUCUUGCUUUGGCAAGACUUGCAGAGAGUGGUCGCAGAUUCUCAUUGUCAGAUCAGCAGGGUUCCUUGGCUGAAGAAAUAUCGCCAAGAAAACGCAAGUCUGGAUAUGAUGGGCCUCAAACUAAUGCCAAUGAGGAUAGUGGUGCGGCGACCGAUCCUCUGAAAGAUUCAGAUCAACCUCCUAGGAAACGUCAAGCAGACUCAACUCUGAUAGGGGUAGUCUCCUCUAACUCUUCAUCUGGCACAACAACAUCUACAGGAUCAACAGAGGCUGCAGGAACGUCAUUGGCAGCUGGGGCAAAUGGAGCAGGAGUUCAACAGACUACCAUGGUUGUUAUCCGACCCUGCUUAUCGUUCAAUAUAGCGCCUAAGGGCUGUCGCUUUUUAGCCAACAAAAGUGCAUGCCCUUACAUGCAUACAUGUCUGUACUGUGGCUCUAUGGAGCAUAAUGUCCUUCAAUGCGACUACACAUCGGUCGAGCCUUCCAACGACCCGAACUUUAGCUGAGCAACAUUUCAUCAAUAGAUUUUUUUUUUUUUUUUUUUCCAUUUCAGAAAAUUUAUUUUGCAAUUUAUAACAAGCCUAAAUUAACAUGUAUCAGUAGGAAUGACAAAUAGAAAAAAUGAAC